UUUACACCUUUCUUCCCCAUCCCUACUUUCCACCUUCCCUCUCCUAUAAAAACCAAAGUUUCCAAUUCCAUCCUUCAUCAAACAUUUCAACCAAACCCUAAGACCAAAACAUAAAAUAACAGCUUUUCUUACAAUGGUUUGUGAGAAAAAGAUUGUGGAUGAGGUGUCCGGGUGGCUCACCGUGUUUGACGACGGCUCAGUCGACCGGACCUGGACUGGACCCCCUGAGGUCAAGUUCAUGUCCGAAUCGGUCCCUCCCCACGAAGAAUUCAUUGAUGGAGUCGCGACUCGUGAUGUAAUCAUCGAUACUGAGUCGGAUCUUCGUGUCCGAAUCUAUCUACCAGAGACUGAUAAGAAUUAUGAUAAGCUUCCAAUCUUGCUUCAUUUCCAUGGCGGUGGCUUUUGCAUUAGCCAAGCCGAUUGGUUCAUGUACUACCACAUCUACACACGCCUUGCGCGCUCCACCGGAGCUAUUUGCGUCUCCGUCUACCUCCGUCUCGCCCCCGAGCACCGACUCCCGGCUGCUUCCAACGACGGCAUCUCCGCCCUCCUCUGGCUACAGUCCUUGGCUAAAGCCGAGUCAAACGAGCCGUGGCUCAACUCUCAGGCCGACUUCAACCGAGUCUUCCUCAUCGGAGACAGCUCCGGCGGAAACCUAGCCCAUGAAGUGGCUUCACGAGCCGGGAAGCUCGACUUGGCUCCGCUUCGAGUAGCGGGAGCAAUCCCGAUUCACCCGGGAUUUGUCCGGUCGAAGCGAAGUAAGUCGGAGUUGGAGCAACCGGAGUCACCAUUUCUAACCCUGAACAUGGUUGACAAGUUCUUGAGCUUGGCAUUACCAGUGGGAGCCACCAAAGACCACCCGAUAACGUGUCCGAUGGGGUUCAAAGCGCCGCCCAUCGCCUCCCUGAAGCUGCCGCCGAUACUGUUGUUUGUGGCGGAGAAGGACUUGAUCAAAGACACCGAGAUGGAGUACUAUGAAGAAUUGAAGAAAGCUAAUAAAGAUGUGGAGUUGAUGAUUAACUCUGCAAUGGGUCACAGUUUCUAUCUUAAUAAGAUCGCUGUCGACAUAGAUCGCCAUACUGCGGCAGAGACUGAGAAACUCAUUGCUGGGAUUGCUGAUUUUGUGAAAAGGCACUGAAAUGUUUACAUGUUUUUAUUUACAGUUGAUGGAUCCUUCUUGUUGUUUGUUACCAGUGUUUGUGUUCUUUAGUAGUUCUAUUAUGAUGUCUUAUGCAUGAUAAUGCGGUGCUAAUCAAAUUACUCGUGUACAAAAGUUGAUGAGUUAUUGGCUGUGGUUAUAAAUUGUGAAAUAAAAUUACUAUGUUUAUUUGAUUGA